CCUCUCUCUCGCGAGAGAUAGAGCAGCCUCGAAAGUCUCUAUUUCUCUCUCUGUCUCGGGGGGGUUCUUCGAUUCUUGACCAACUCAAAUCGCAAUCGGAAGUAAUAUUUACAACAAAGUCAAAGCUUAAUUCAUACAACCCCUUGAAGUUCUGGUAAUUUAUAGUUGAAACCCUAAUUGUAGCUCUUAGGGUCCGAGUUUACUCGGAUCUGUCCUUUGCUCUGCGUUGAGGCUUGCUUGAGAUUGUGAUCGUGAUGUUUUGUUGGGCUUUCUAGUGUAAUUUGAUUUUUGCGUAAGUGGGUGGUGUAAUUCGACUGAUUGUACUUGUAAUUCUGCUGCUGCCUUGUGGAGUGCACCAGAAAUCUUGGUUUUCUUGCUGACAUAUAGAUCUCUCAACAUGCCUAAGGAGAGACGAGAUCGUUCAGUCUCUUUUGAUAGGUCAAGGGUGUCUCCUUUCCCUUGUAGCUCUAGUCGGUCAAAACGGUCGUUGACCCGGAGCCCUUCAGAAAGUGAGGAGCACGUCAAAGAAUGGGAGGAAGCUCAAUGCCCUGUCUGUAUGGAACAUCCUCACAAUGCAGUUCUCCUGUUAUGCUCAUCCCAGGAGAAAGGCUGCCGUCCUUAUAUGUGUGACACAAGUUAUCGCCACUCAAACUGUUUUGACCAGUUUCGGAAGUCAUUUGCAGAAAACUUGCCAACAAUGACACCUCAACAAGAAGAAACUCCAAUUUCAACUAUAGGUCCGUCGUCCUUCACGACAAUUUCAGAAGCUACAGUUGCUGAUUUGCAAGGUGAAAGGAGUGAGGAAGGGUCCACAUCUGUGCCUGCCAGGUCUUGUGAGAACCAAGUGAAGCCACAGCUAUUGUGCCCUCUCUGUCGUGGACAGGUUAAUGGGUGGAUUGUAGUGGAGCCUGCUCGUCUGUUCAUGAAUGCAAAAUCAAGAAGCUGCGCCUGUGAGACUUGUGAUUAUAGCGGCACAUAUGCAGAUUUGAGGAAGCAUGCAAGGUUGGAGCACCCACUUGUGCGGCCUUCCGAAGCAGACCCAGAGAGGGAGCGUAACUGGAGGAGGUUGGAGCGGCAGAGGGAUCUUGGAGAUUUGCUUAGCACACUGCAAUCUUCUGUCGGGGAGGAUCGGAGUGAGGAGAGCGUUUUAUCUUUUGAAGAAGGGGGUUGGCUUACCGUUUUUUUCCUAAUCCGAGUUUUGCGACCUGGGGGUAAUUCAAGGAGUAGUAGCUGGUCUGGUUCCACAAGAACCAGAGCGCAAGUGACUGUCAGACGGAGAUCAACAAGAAGACUUUGGGGGGAGAACUAUGAUGGGGAAACUGAAUCUCCUACCAGAAAUGGGGACAACGAGUCUUCGGAUGGUGGGUCAGGCCCUCGGAGACGCCGACGCCGAGUCCUGCGGCAAUUGACACCAGAUGACGAGUGAUGACCACAAAACUUUUUCAGUUUGCUCGAUGGUUCGUCUUUGUAUGUUUCUAUUGUGGGAGCGGAAGGAAGAAAUGCAAGUUCAUUUGCUUAUAUGCUUGAAUUUGUUCUACCCUACCCAUUCUGCCACGAUUGAUGCUUGGGGUUGCAGAAUUGAGAACAAGAGAAAGAGCCAAGUUGUAGUUUUAAAUUUUUCACAAGUACAAUUGUUCUAUAUACAUUUUUCUGGUGAAUCUUUUUCACACAUUUUCUUCUGGUGAUGCGAAAAUUAUUAUCCACGAAUCGAUUAUGUGUAAAAGAAAUUUGUUAAUCUUGCUUUCACUUGAAUUCUGCUGUUAGUGGAAAAGAGAUUUGUUUGUUUCAAUUACUUGUAUGACUUUGGAG